GCGAGUUUGAAGAAUCUCCAGAUGCUUGGAGUGUUGAGACCCGCCAAAUCCUCCGUCGCGCGCUAGGGCGGUGACUUUCGCCGACUCACCGAUGCGGCUACAAUUUUUGGACAACAAGAUUUGAAGUCUUUACAGGCAUUUUCUACAAUAUGUCUGCCUUCUCAAGGGGCUGCCUCUUACGGCACCAGUGUGCAUACAAAAUCCCCCGAACAGCUCACUUCUUCCUCCUAUCCACGAGCUAUCAGCAGCCGCGGUUCAUAUCCUCUACUACUCUUCUCCAAGCAGCGAAGAAUGUCCGUUCUUCAACGCCUCUGAAGAAGGUUAUACAGAAGAAGAAGCCCUCCAGUACACCACUCAAAUCUGCCAGUACAGUUAAGGCUUCCGCUCCCCCAGCGCCUACGCCAGCUCCUCUGGUCUACAAGUCCUACGCCACGAGCUUGGCAGAGAAGACACAUUCAACGCAUCUUUACGAAGCUCCCUCACAUACGGUCUAUAUCUUGACAUGCUAUGGAACAGCUGGCUUCUGCUUCACAUAUGCAGCCAUCAGUUUCUGGAGCAAUUAUUUGCUUGCGCCCCCGGAUCUAGCCACCUGGAUUCCAGUCGCAUUGGGAGGAGUGAGCUUUUUGAUGGCUUGUCUUGGUGGUUGGCUAGUUCUGGGACCUGCCAGAUUAGUGAAGAGCAUCAUAGCAGUGCCUAGGAACGUUGGAAUGAUCAAAGAGGGACUCAUCAAACCAGGAAGUGGCCCGACUGCGUCUGAACUGCAAAUCGAGGUUGAACUGAGGAAAAUGUUCCCUGUACCUUUCUUCCCAGCAAGAAAAUUCUAUGUCAAACCAGAGGAGAUCGAGCUGCCGCAUAGAUUUGUGCCAGUCAACAAGACGACCAGAAUACAUGAAUCGCGAGAGAGAGCGAAGUUUGAGGCCAUGGAGAAACAACGAAUGUUGGAAUAUGAGCGAAACCACUUGUUGACUUUACCGUUCAGGAGAAUGAGUCAACUGACUUACAAGCUAUUUAUUGAGUUGAAGAGGGUCUGGACUAGAGAGGGAAUGAUGAAAGUGGACAUUCAGAACCAGAGAUACAAAGUCGAUAUCUCAGCAGGAUGGGCACUAGAGGGUGGAAGAGCCUUGGAUCGACUGGCUAAGAUCAAGGCAUAAUUACAAUCCUGUGUUCUAUGGCAAUGUACAAUAAUGUAUGUAUCAGAAUACUCGCCAUUAUGAAUGAAUACAGAUAUCUUCAGUACUCAUCUGGUAACAAGUUUAGUGGAAAGAAACUUUCAAGAGAAGAUGAAAAACGUAUGAGAUUUGUUACUUAUGUUUCAAGCCGGACAACUCUAGACAUUCUCAAAUAUAAAUAGCACUGUCUGAACUAUUUUUACGUCAAUAGGUG